GACUGUGGGCGCGCAGAGACGCGGGCACCUACCUCCUCACCCGGACCCGCGCCGCACCGUGCCUCCUCGCGCCCCGGUGGCCAGGGCAGCCGCCAGCCUGUCCUGGCUGCCCCGAUCGUCCCGAUCGCCGGGCUGCGAGGUGGCACUACGCCCCUCUCCGCUCAGCGCACUGCAGUCCUCUGCGCCGAGCCUGGCAGCUCGCUUGUGGGCAAUCUUGCCACCUCGAGCCCCGGAGGGCCAAAGCCAUGAACGAAAUGUCCAGCUUUCUUCACAUCGGGGACAUAGUGUCCCUAUACGCCGAGGGCUCAGUCAAUGGCUUCAUCAGCACUUUGGGGCUGGUGGAUGACCGCUGUGUGGUGGAGCCUGCAGCUGGGGACCUGGACAACCCCCCCAAGAAGUUCCGAGAUUGCCUCUUCAAAGUGUGCCCCAUGAACCGCUACUCGGCACAGAAGCAGUACUGGAAAGCCAAGCAGACUAAGCAGGACAAGGAGAAGAUCGCCGAUGUGGUACUGCUGCAGAAGCUGCAGCAUGCGGCCCAGAUGGAGCAGAAGCAAAACGACACGGAGAACAAGAAGGUUCAUGGUGAUGUGGUCAAGUACGGCAGUGUGAUCCAGCUUCUGCACAUGAAAAGCAACAAAUACCUGACCGUGAACAAGCGGCUACCAGCCCUGCUGGAGAAGAACGCCAUGCGGGUGACGCUGGACGCUACAGGCAAUGAGGGUUCCUGGCUCUUCAUCCAGCCCUUCUGGAAGCUGCGGAGCAAUGGGGAUAACGUGGUCGUGGGGGACAAGGUGAUCCUGAAUCCUGUCAACGCAGGGCAGCCGCUGCACGCCAGCAACUAUGAGCUCAGUGAUAAUGCUGGCUGCAAGGAGGUCAACUCUGUCAACUGCAAUACCAGCUGGAAGAUCAAUUUAUUCAUGCAGUUCCGGGACCACCUGGAGGAGGUGUUGAAGGGGGGAGAUGUGGUGCGGCUGUUCCACGCAGAGCAGGAGAAGUUCCUCACCUGUGACGAGUACAAGGGCAAGCUGCAGGUGUUCCUGCGCACCACGCUGCGCCAAUCCGCCACCUCAGCCACCAGUUCCAACGCACUCUGGGAGGUGGAGGUGGUCCACCACGACCCCUGCCGAGGCGGGGCGGGACACUGGAAUGGUCUGUACCGUUUCAAGCACCUGGCCACAGGCAACUAUCUGGCUGCCGAGGAAAACCCUAGCUACAAAGGUGAUGCCUCAGAUCCCAAAGCAGCAGGAUUGGGGUCCCAGGGCCGCACAGGCCGCAGGAAUGCAGGCGAGAAGAUCAAGUACCGUCUGGUAGCUGUGCCACAUGGCAACGACAUCGCCUCCCUUUUUGAGCUGGACCCCACCACGCUGCAGAAAACUGACUCCUUUGUGCCCCGGAACUCCUAUGUGCGGCUGCGGCACCUGUGCACCAACACAUGGAUCCAGAGCACCAACGCGCCCAUCGACGUGGAGGAGGAGCGGCCAAUCCGGCUCAUGUUGGGCACGUGCCCCACCAAGGAGGACAAGGAGGCCUUUGCCAUUGUGUCUGUGCCUGUGUCUGAGAUCCGUGACCUGGACUUUGCCAACGAUGCCAGCUCCAUGCUGGCCAGUGCUGUGGAGAAACUCAAUGACGGCUUCAUCAGCCAGAAUGACCGCAGGUUUGUCAUCCAGCUGCUGGAGGACCUGGUGUUUUUUGUCAGCGACGUUCCCAACAAUGGGCAGAAUGUCCUGGACAUCAUGGUCACCAAGCCCAACCGGGAGCGACAGAAGCUGAUGCGGGAGCAGAAUAUACUUAAGCAGAUCUUUGGCAUCCUGAAGGCUCCGUUCCGUGACAAGGGGGGCGAAGGUCCGCUGGUGCGGUUGGAGGAACUGUCCGACCAGAAGAACGCCCCCUACCAGUACAUGUUCCGCCUCUGCUACCGGGUGCUCCGGCACUCCCAGGAGGACUACCGCAAGAACCAGGAGCACAUUGCCAAGCAGUUUGGGAUGAUGCAGUCACAGAUUGGCUAUGACAUCCUGGCUGAGGACACCAUCACUGCCCUGCUGCACAACAACAGGAAGCUGCUGGAGAAGCAUAUCACCAAGACGGAGGUGGAGACCUUCGUUAGCCUCGUGCGCAAGAACAGAGAGCCCAGGUUCCUGGACUACCUCUCUGACCUGUGUNGCUCUGAGUGGCCAGAGGCGCCCCCUGACCGUGCUGUUGGCUGCAGGCUGCGGCCCGUGAAGGAGAUGGCCCAGUCUCAUGAGUACCUCAGCAUCGAGUACUCGGAAGAGGAAGUGUGGCUCACGUGGACAGACCGGAACAACGAACGUCAGGAGAAGAGUGUGAGGCAGCUGGCCCAGGAGGCGCGGGCAGGCAACGCGCACGAUGAGAACGUGCUCAGUUACUACAGGUACCAGCUGAAGCUGUUUGCCCGCAUGUGCCUGGACCGCCAGUAUCUGGCCAUCCACGAGAUCUCCAAGCAGCUGGGCGUGGACCUGCUUUUCCUGUGCAUGGCGGAUGAGAUGCUGCCCUUUGACCUGCGUGCCUCCUUCUGCCACCUGAUGCUACACGUGCACGUGGACCGCGACCCCCAGGAGCUGGUGACGCCCGUCAAGUUUGCCCGCCUCUGGACGGAGAUCCCCACGGCCAUCACCAUCAAGGACUAUGAUUCCAAUCUCAACGCCUCCCGAGAUGACAAGAAGAACAAAUUUGCCAGCACCAUGGAGUUCGUGGAAGAUUACCUUAACAAUGUGGUCAGCGAGGCCGUGCCCUUCGCCAACGAGGAAAAGAACAAACUCACCUUUGAGGUGGUCAGCCUGGCGCACAAUCUCAUCUACUUCGGCUUCUACAGCUUCAGUGAGCUGCUGCGCCUCACACGCACACUGCUGGGCAUCAUUGACUGUGUUCAGGCACCCCCAGCCAUGCUGCAGGCCUAUGAGGAGCCUGGUGGCAAGAAUGUGCGGAGGUCCAUCCAGGGCGUGGGGCACAUGAUGUCUACCAUGGUGCUGAGCCGCAAGCAGUCCGUCUUUGGUGCCUCCAGCCUGCCUGCCGGAGCGGGUGUCCCUGAGCCGCUGGACAGGAGCAAAUUUGAGGAUAAUGAAGACAUUGUGGUGAUGGAGACCAAGCUGAAGAUCCUGGAGAUCCUGCAGUUCAUCCUCAACGUGCGCCUGGACUACCGCAUCUCCUACCUGCUGUCGGUCUUCAAGAAGGAGUUCGUGGAGGUGUUUCCCAUGCAGGACAGUGGGGCGGACGGCACGGCACCGGCCUUCGAUUCCACCACUGCCAACAUGAAUCUGGACCGCAUCGGGGAGCAGGCAGAGGCCAUGUUUGGAGUGGGGAAGACCAGCAGCAUGCUAGAAGUAGAUGAUGAGGGCGGCCGCAUGUUCCUGCGGGUGCUGCUGCUGACCAUGCACGACUAUGCACCGCUCGUCUCCGGCGCCCUGCAGCUGCUCUUCAAGCAUUUCAGUCAGCGCCAGGAGGCCAUGCACACCUUCAAGCAGGUCCAGCUGCUAAUCUCAGCCCAGGAUGUGGAGAACUAUAAGGUGAUCAAGUCGGAACUGGACCGACUGCGGAUGAUGGUGGAGAAGUCAGAGCUGUGGGUGGACAAGAAAGGCAGCGUCAAGGGCGAGGAGGGGGAGGCAGGCGCCACCAAGGACAAGAAAGAGCGACCCUCGGAUGAGGAGGGAUUUCUACAGCCACACGGGGAGAAGAGCAGUGAGAACUACCAGAUUGUCAAGGGCAUCCUGGAGAGGCUGAACAAGAUGUGUGGGGUGGGGGAGCAGAUGAGGAAGAAGCAGCAGAGGCUGCUGAAGAACAUGGACGCCCACAAGGUCAUGCUGGACUUGCUGCAGAUCCCUUAUGACAAGGGGGACAACAAGAUGCUGGAGAUCCUGCGCUACACACACCAGUUCCUGCAGAAGUUCUGUGCCGGGAACCCUGGCAACCAGGCCCUGCUGCAUAAGCACUUACAGCUCUUCCUCACGCCCGGGCUCCUGGAGGCCGAGACCAUGCAGCACAUUUUCCUCAACAACUACCAGCUGUGCUCUGAGAUCAGCGAGCCCGUGCUACAGCACUUUGUACACCUGCUGGCCACGCACGGGCGCCACGUGCAGUACCUGGACUUCCUGCACACCGUCAUCAAGGCUGAGGGCAAGUACGUGAAGAAGUGCCAGGACAUGAUCAUGACCGAGCUGACCAACGCAGGUGACGACGUGGUGGUGUUCUACAAUGACAAGGCUUCCUUGGCCCAUCUGCUGGACAUGAUGAAGGCAGCCCGAGAUGGCGUGGAGGACCACAGCCCCCUCAUGUACCACAUCUCCCUGGUGGACCUGCUGGCUGCCUGUGCGGAGGGCAAGAAUGUCUACACAGAGAUCAAGUGCACCUCCCUGCUGCCUCUGGAGGACGUGGUGUCUGUGGUGACCCACGAGGACUGCAUCACGGAGGUUAAAAUGGCGUACGUGAACUUCGUGAACCACUGCUAUGUGGACACAGAGGUGGAGAUGAAGGAGAUCUACACCAGCAACCACAUCUGGACGCUCUUCGAGAACUUCACCCUGGACAUGGCUCUGGUCUGCAACAAACGGGAGAAACGCCUGGCAGACCCCACCCUAGAGAAGUACGUGCUCACUGUGGUGCUGGACACCAUCAGUGCCUUCUUCAGCUCCCCGUUUUCAGAGAACAGCACGUCGCUGCAGACACACCAAACAAUUGUGGUACAGCUGCUGCAGUCCACCACUCGGCUGCUCGAGUGUCCUUGGCUGCAGCAGCAGCAUAAGGGCUCCGUGGAAGCCUGUGUCCGCACCCUCGCCAUGGUGGCCAAGAGCCGGGCCAUCUUGUUGCCCAUGGAUCUGGAUGCCCACAUGAGUGCCCUGCUCAGCAGUGGGGGCAGCUGUGCAGCCGCAGCCCAGCGCAGUGCUGCCAACUACAAGACGGCCACGCGGACCUUCCCUCGCGUCAUCCCCACCGCCAACCAGUGGGACUACAAGAACAUCAUUGAGAAGUUGCAGGACAUCAUCAUGGCCCUAGAAGAGCGGCUGAAACCUCUGGUGCAGGCCGAGCUCUCCGUGCUGGUGGACAUGCUGCACUGGCCUGAGCUGCUCUUCCUGGAGGGCAGUGAAGCCUACCAGCGCUGCGAGAGUGGGGGCUUCCUGUCCAAGCUCAUCCGCCACACCAAGGGCCUCAUGGAGUCAGAGGAGAAGCUGUGUGUAAAGGUGCUCCGGACACUGCAGCAGAUGCUGCUGAAGAAGAGCAAGUACGGAGACCGGGGCAACCAGUUGCGGAAGAUGCUGUUGCAGAAUUACCUCCAGAACCGGAAAUCCAGCUCCCGGGGCGAGCUCCCUGACCCCACAGGCUCUGGCCUGGACCAGGACUGGUCAGCCAUCGCAGCCACCCAGUGCCGGCUGGACAAGGAAGGGGCCACCAAAUUGGUCUGCGACCUCAUCACCAGCACCAAGAAUGAGAAGAUAUUCCAGGAGAGCAUUGGCCUGGCCAUCCGCCUGCUGGAUGGAGGCAACACUGAGAUCCAGAAAUCUUUCUACAACCUGAUGACUAGCGACAAGAAGUCAGAGCGCUUCUUCAGGGUGCUGCAUGACCGUAUGAAGCGAGCCCAGCAGGAGACCAAGUCCACAGUGGCCGUCAACAUGAGUGACCUGGGCAGCCAGCCUCGUGAGGACCGUGAGCCAGCAGACCCUACCACCAAAGGCCGUGUGGCCUCCUUCUCCAUGCCCGGCUCCUCCCGCUAUUCACUGGGCCCUAGCUUGCACCGGGGGCAUGAGAUGGGUGAGCGCGGGCAGAGUAACGAGAUGGGCACCUCCGUGCUCAUCAUGCGGCCCAUCCUGCGCUUCCUGCAGCUGCUGUGUGAGAACCACAACCGUGACCUACAGAACUUCCUGCGCUGUCAGAACAACAAGACCAACUACAAUCUGGUGUGUGAGACCCUGCAGUUCCUGGACAUCAUGUGUGGCAGCACCACGGGGGGGCUGGGGCUGCUGGGGCUCUAUAUCAAUGAGGACAACGUGGGCCUGGUCAUCCAGACCUUGGAGACCCUCACAGAGUACUGCCAGGGCCCAUGUCAUGAGAACCAGACCUGCAUCGUGACUCACGAAUCCAAUGGCAUCGACAUCAUCACUGCGCUGAUUCUCAAUGACAUCAGCCCACUCUGCAAGUACCGCAUGGAUCUGGUGCUGCAGCUCAAGGACAAUGCCUCCAAACUUCUCCUGGCUCUGAUGGAGAGUCGGCAUGACAGUGAGAAUGCGGAACGCAUCCUCAUCAGCCUGCGGCCUCAGGAGCUGGUGGACGUGAUCAAAAAGGCCUACCUGCAGGAGGAGGAGAGGGAAAACUCAGAAGUGAGCCCACGUGAAGUGGGCCACAACAUCUACAUCCUGGCGCUUCAGCUUUCCAGGCACAACAAACAGCUGCAGCACCUGCUGAAGCCGGUGAGGCGCAUCCAGGAGGAGGAAGCUGAGGGCAUCUCUUCCAUGCUCAGUCUCAACAACAAGCAGCUGUCCCAGAUGCUCAAGUCCUCGGCGCCUGCCCAGGAGGAGGAGGAGGACCCUCUGGCCUACUACGAGAACCACACCUCGCAGAUUGAGAUUGUGCGGCAAGACCGAAGCAUGGAGCAGAUCGUGUUCCCCGUGCCUGCCAUCUGCCAGUUCCUGACAGAGGAGACCAAGCACCGGCUCUUCACCACCACCGAGCAGGAUGAGCAGGGCAGCAAAGUGAGCGACUUCUUCGACCAGUCCUCCUUCCUGCACAACGAGAUGGAGUGGCAGCGUCGGCUUCGCAGCAUGCCGCUCAUCUACUGGUUCUCCCGCCGCAUGACACUGUGGGGCAGCAUCUCCUUCAACCUGGCUGUGUUCAUCAACAUCAUCAUCGCUUUCUUCUACCCCUACGUAGAGGGUGCAUCCACAGGUGUGCUGGGCUCCCCACUCAUCUCGCUGCUCUUCUGGAUCCUCAUCUGCUUCUCCAUUGCGGCGCUGUUCACCAAGCGCUACAGUGUCCGCCCCCUCAUUGUGGCGCUCAUCCUACGGUCCAUCUACUACUUGGGCAUUGGGCCCACACUCAACAUCCUGGGUGCCCUCAAUCUGACCAACAAGAUCGUGUUUGUGGUGAGCUUCGUGGGCAACCGUGGUACCUUCAUCCGUGGCUAUAAGGCCAUGGUCAUGGACAUGGAGUUCUUGUACCACGUGGGCUACAUCCUGACGAGCGUUCUGGGCCUCUUUGCCCAUGAGCUCUUCUACAGCAUCCUGCUCUUCGACCUCAUCUACCGUGAGGAGACGCUGUUUAACGUCAUCAAGAGUGUGACUCGCAAUGGCCGCUCCAUCCUGCUGACUGCCCUCCUGGCCCUCAUACUAGUCUACCUCUUCUCCAUCGUGGGGUUCCUCUUCCUCAAGGAUGAUUUCAUCCUGGAGGUGGACCGGCUGCCUGGGAACCACUCCAGAGCCAGCACCCUGGAAAUGUCACAUGGAGCUGCCACAUUUAUGGGCACAUGUAGUGGGGACAAGAUAGACUGUGUCAAGGAGGUAUCGGUGCCUGAGAUCCUAGAAGAGGACGAGGAGCUGGAUAGCACUGAGCGGGCCUGUGACACUCUACUUAUGUGCAUCGUCACCGUCAUGAACCAUGGACUGCGCAAUGGUGGUGGUGUGGGUGACAUCCUCCGCAAGCCCUCUAAAGAUGAGUCCCUCUUCCCUGCCCGGGUGGUAUACGACCUCCUGUUCUUCUUCAUCGUCAUCAUCAUUGUGUUGAACCUCAUCUUUGGGGUGAUCAUUGACACCUUCGCCGACCUGCGCAGUGAGAAGCAGAAGAAAGAGGAGAUCCUCAAGACCACAUGCUUCAUCUGUGGUCUGGAGAGGGACAAGUUUGACAACAAGACAGUCUCCUUCGAGGAGCACAUCAAGCUGGAGCACAACAUGUGGAAUUACCUGUACUUCAUCGUGCUGGUCCGUGUCAAGAACAAGACGGACUACACAGGCCCCGAGAGCUACGUGGCUCAGAUGAUCAAGAACAAGAACCUGGACUGGUUCCCACGGAUGCGCGCCAUGUCCCUGGUGAGCGGUGAGGGUGAGGGUGAACAGAAUGAGAUCCGAAUCCUGCAGGAGAAACUUGGCUCCACCAUGAAGCUGGUGUCCCACCUCACCGCCCAGCUCAAUGAACUCAAGGAGCAGAUGACAGAGCAGCGGAAACGGAGGCAGCGUCUGGGCUUUGUGGAUGUGCAGAACUGCAUGAGCCGCUGAGCAGAGCCACAGAAGCCCCCACAGGAGGUCCACGGCAAACAUUACUGCCCUUCCUCCAGGUCAGGUGGCCAUCGACCCAUCAACCUCUGGAGGCCAGGUGCCCACUCCACCUCCUGCUCUGCUGGCAACCCUCCCGCAAGCCAGGCUCUGGCCAGCAGGGGUACUUCAGAGCACAGUCCUGCUUAGAGCCCUUGAAGAGACUCAGUUUACCUUAAUGCCUUAGAGGACACUAGGUCCUCCAGACUGUUGUGCCUUGAAGCAGUAACUGACAUUCCUCAGUGGUCCUUGCAGGGGUUAGAAGUGGGCUGCCUCUCAUCUCCAAGCACUACAUUGUGGCUGUUCCCUGCCUUCCUCCUGCCUCAGGAAGGUGGUAGCCUGCUGUUAUUAGCUACUUAGGGCUUGAUACUUAACUUAUUCCCCGGGGUUAUCCCACCCUGUUGUGCCUGCUGGGGACAGUGUGCUGAACUCUUGGCCCCAUCCAAGGUGCCCGAUGACUCAGGAUGAAUGGCUUUGUAGGCAAGAGUCACUAGCCCAAGGGGCAGGACUGAGCUGUGUGGAAGUGGUGUCCUGACUGCUGUUUUCUCUUUGGUGUCGUGUUUUACAAGUCCUAUGUCCUGAGAACUAAUGUGUUGAUUGCCUUAAAUAAAUUAAUGGAAUCCAA